AUGGGCGGAGCCUCCAAGGGAGCACCAAAAAGGGCCGUUCCUCACUUCAACCUCCGACGACCCUUAGGAAUGGCGACGAUUUUCGAAACUUCAGACGUUGUGAGUUUUCCAUUUUUUUUUUCUUCAAUAAGACAUUUUUCGUCAAAGUUUUAUAUUUAAAAAAACAUUAAAAUUGAAAUUUUACAAAAAUAUUUUGGAACUAGAAAAAUUAGUAGUUUUGGAUUUCUCAACUUUUUGUUCAGCGUCAUUUUGAAGCUCCAUUUUUUUCAAAAAAAUUGAGUUUUUGGAUUGGCUUGUUAAUUUGGUUAAAAUUUGAGCGGAAAAAAAGACAAUUGUGUAAAAAUAUUAUCGGGUUUUUCGUCUGAAAAAAACUGAGGUUUUCUGGUUUUUUUCUAAUGUUUUUUUGUAGCUCAUCGGCAACGAUCCCACUUUAACUCAAUAUAAUUUUAUCAGGAGACUUUUCCGAAUUAUUUUAAACUUUUUUUUUCGUAAGAUUGUUCAUAACUUUCGUUAUCAUCAAUAUAUAUAUCAGGGAAAUUUGUCAAUAUCCACGUUUACCGACGAAAUUUUGGUUUGGAACGGAAUCUCAGAAAGGUGAAGAAUAUAAUUAUCAGGAUUCAUCAUCUUUAUAUCUUAACUUUUAUCAUUUUGUUGGGGAUUAUCCCAAAAACUGGAAAUUUUUAAAAUUUGGAGAAUUGAGCAGCAAUGAAAUUAUAAGAUUACAUGCUAAAAAGUUUCGAUCCCCCACUGCACUUUCCAAAAUUUAAAAGCAGAAAGAUUGAAAAUUCUGAGUGAUUUUUUCAAUCCUAAAAGAUCAUUAAAAAAAGGGAUGAACUUAAAAAAAUGGUUCAACUUCAUAUUUUUUUCAUUUCCGAUUCAGAACGAGUUCAACAAAGCGGUGGAAAAGAAUCGUCAUCGAGUGAUAAUCGUCGACUUUUUUUCGCGACUUGGUGUGGGCCUUGCAAAACGAUUGCUCCAGCUUAUGAGGUAUCAAAUCUUUAUAUUCGAAAUCUAUUAAAUUAUUCAGAAAAUGGCCGAAGAAUUCAAACAAGCGCUUUUCAUGAGAAUCGACGUCGAUGAAGCGGUCUCUCAAGACGCUUGAAUGUUGAAAUUUUAUUUUGAUUUUUAGGAUGAAAUCGCAGCCAAGUUUGAUGUGCAGGUUAUGCCGACUUUCGUCAUUCUCUGUGACGGCGAACGUGUUGUAAGUCACGUUUUGAGCUGAUUUCAUCAGAUCUGAAUAUUUGCAGCAAACCGUCCAAGGCGGAGCCGAAGACGCGCUCCGAGAGGCGAUUCAGAAGCACGUCAAAGGCGGCUAG